CCUUCUCAACCUUCAGAAGUCUUGCAUGCGUCUUCACUUUCCUGCUGGGUGCUAGCUAAUAUAGUAUUCCUUCUCGUCUUUGGCAGAACUAGUGUACCAACCCCAUAACAUUCGAUUUGUAAAGAAUGAAACAACAAGUUUAAGGAACCUAGCCUGAAAGGGAAUUCCAUUGAGACACAAAAGAAUAAUUGUUCGAUCAUCAUUACUGGUUCAUUCGUCAUCCAUUUUUUGAAUCUCGAUUUGUUUACAAAGAGUUUUCCCCUUAAUCUGACGUCGUUACGACCAAAAAAUCUCAUUAGAUUGCCACUCCCAGAUACCUCAUUGAAAAAUGGCAAACCUUAGGUUUCCAUGUGCAUUAGCCUUCAUGAUUGUAUUUGUAGUCUGUGUACAAAAUGCUGAUGGUUAUAAAGAGUGCAAAAGAAAAAAUAUAUUUCGAGUUAAAAGCUACUUUACCUGCCCAGAACCAGGACAAACUCCUGACAUGAUGUUCUGUUGUGGAGAUGAUGAUGACAUUGGAGGGGAAUUUUGCUGUCGAGGAAUCACUAUAGACAGUGCCCUGAGGAACCCUUUGAAAAGUAUUGGUUCCAUAAUUGCGACUGUUGCCGGAGUUAUUGGUUUCUUGAUCAUUCUCUUCGUAAUAUGCUGCUGCAUCUGUCCCUGUUGCAUUCUUUAUAAGCGAAGAACAGCUGGAACUGUUUACCGAUCCACUGUAAUACCAAAUUCAACCGGGCCCUCUAGUGUUAAUGUCACAGUCGUUCCUGCUCCUGGCGCAGGAAUGGCACAAGGGCCCCCUCCUGUAGGAUUUACAGCCCAACCGGGUGGAAACCAAGGCACUGGGUAUCCCGUGCAACCGAAUUAUGCACCCCAGCCUGGCUAUCCCGUGCAGCCCAACCAUCAUCCUCAGCCUGGUUAUCCUCCUCAGCCUGGUUAUCCUCCUCAGCCUGGCUAUCCUGCCCAGCCUGGCUAUCCUGCCCAGCCCGGCUAUCCCCCCUAUCCUCAAAAUGCUGGCCCAGCUAACCAAACACAAUCUGGUUAUUCUCAACCAGGAUAUUAUUCAGAUCAGCCGCCUCCGUAUCCUGGGUCCCAAGACGCGUAUCAGAAGCAGUCUGCUUACAAUCCUGGUUUUUAAUUUCAAUUUUGGGCUAACGUUGUUUUGAGGGGUAUUACUCUAUUCUAGAUUGGUUACAUUGCAACUGCACGAUUCAUGGAAACCUCUUUUUUUUUUUUCUCAAACGUGUACAUUACUGAGUCUCGAAAGAAUCUCCUUUUGUUGUGCGAAUUUUUUUACUGCCUUUGUAACUUCCCUUAUUCGACAUUUCUCUUUUCUGUCCUUUACUCACUUUGUGUUGGUGUAUCAAAGUGACCAUUUCAGGUUUCCUUGUUUCAUGUGAUGUCUAUACAUGAUUUUGCUUAUAAA